AUGGAGAGGAAUUCUACUAUGAAAGUUCCAGAAGGUGGUGAAGUUGUACAAUUUCCGGAAAGAGAACUGGAUUUCGACAACGAUACCUUAAGAGGUGAAAUGAAUAGCUCUUUUUUAGACAAGUAUAAAUUGGAAUCAGGGUAAUAUUAUGGGUGACAAAUUACUCCUUAAUUUUGGCUUGAAAUUUCAAAGAUAAUUUGUAAUUUCACUAGCCAAAUAAAAAAAUAAAUGCUAUAGCAAGGUUUCUUAUCUGUUAGUACUAAGAAGAUGGAAGGUAUGCCAGAAGUUAGCUUAGUCAUUGUGUUCAUGCCUGACUGACACGUGAACCUCUAUAAGAUUUUGAUUACAUGGAUAGAUAUUACCCCUCCGGUAAUGUCCCAGUAAAGCGCUUUUAGUUUAGUCUGGCCCCUAUCCAGGAGACCAAUAUGGCAUGGCGUUGCACCUUCCAGGGUUAUAAACUCCAGCUGAUAUGCUUAGUGGGAUAGUGAGGGCUCAGACGGACCACACGCUUCCUGGUCACAGUUAAGGCACGGCACCUACCUCAAAUUCGUUGACGUUUCAUGCAGCUGUGAAAUGAUGGUGUGCCCCUGUAAAGAGAUCCUUGGUAAGCUGUUGUUGUACUUAGGAAAAAAAAAUGCCUUCCGUGACUUUCUGUUCUAUUUAGCUAUAGCUGAGGUGUACAAGAACGAAGGUAAUGCGGAAUAUCAAAAGAGAGAAUUCACCAACGCCAUACACUUCUAUACAGAAGGAAUUAAUGUGAAUUGCAGAGAUGAUGAACUCAACAGUAAACUGCACAGCAACAGGGCAACUUCUUAUUUUUACCUAGGUAAGGUUCUUUGUCAACUCAUGUAUAGUUGAAUAAAAAAUCCCUGUAUUUCGAAUUUAACUGAUUUUCGUUUUUUGCUAGGUAAUUACCACGAAUCAAUGAACGAUGCAAAAGCUGCCGUUGAAAUGCAACCACAUUACAUCAAAGCUAUAGCUAGGGGUAAAGUUUAUUGGCAUUCAAUUUGUAGCUUAUAUUGGUACCUCCACAGAGAAAAAAAAAUAUCGGGAACAGUGAUCUUAACAACGGUCUUAGAAACCAAUUGACGUUUGUUGAUUAUUUAAUUUUUGUUUGCGCUCACCCUAUAUAUACUAAGUCAUUGCUUUGCCCAUCUUUUGCGGAAGGCAAGUCCAGGUUAAUAUAAGAUUAGAAUGGACUCUGAAGUGCCUGUGGUGAGAAGCUUAUAACUAUAUUUCUGAAUGCUUCAAAGUAACUAAAGUGUUAAAGGAACUAAUUUUUAUUCAAGUGCAUAUCUCUAAUAGGUCACUUUCGAUACUAAAAUUCAGCAUGAUAGCCAGUCUUGGAGGACACAAACAAAGUUUAUUCAUUUUUAUUCAUUUUCUUUGCUUGUGUCUUCUAACACUCGCUAUCAUGCUGAAGUUUGAUAUAUCAAAAGUGGCCUAUUGAAAUCUGAGUUCUCAGAUGCAUUCUGCUUUUAAUUUUUAGGAGCUUGCGCUUGCUUUGAACUGGGUCUGUACGAAGAAGCCAUCAACUGGUGUGACAGAGGAUUAGCAGUAUCCUUUUACAACAGAUAACAUAUUUCAUUGGAAAAAAAUCUGGAAAUCUGGACUUUUUUCACGCAGAGGGGCCCAUUGAUUAAAAGAGUCCAUCCGCAAACAAUAAUUUCUGAACUCGAACAAGAAGUUGAACUGCUAUCCCAAUGAAUAGUUUAGACUACCUUUGCUUGAAACUGCCAUUUACUAUGGCUGUUAAUUUCCUUGAAAUCCUACUCUAUUGACACUGUCAGUAGAGUGUUUUUUAGCACCGAAGAUGAAGCUAUAAAUACCCUAAAAGCUUCAUUCUCUGUAACUAUGGCCUUAUCGGAUAAAGAAAUGAAGCAGCUCCUUCAAGGUGGCUCCGUCAUAAAUAGAGUCGCAUUGAGCUAUAACGAGCUUUUCUUCAUAACCUUUUUGGCUUUAACGUGAUGGCUUCGAAACUUUGGAAGGAACUACAAAUAUCAUUCAGCAAUAAUAUGAAAUAAUCCGAUUUUACUGGUAGUAAACAUUUUUUUACGAAAUUAGCGCUUAAAUGGAUCCUUCUGUUCAAAGAAAAUCGCUUCUAGUAAAAAAUUGUGCUGAGUGGUUUCCCUGAAAUUUCUCGUAUCGGCUUUUAUUGAUAUAAUAAGUAUGCCAUAUAGAUUUCAAAGAAAUCGUUGGAGCAGAAAACCUUAACUAGAAAGUCCUUCGAAAUUCUUGGGUGAAAUUGUUUUGGAAUUUCCAAAACGAAUUCAGCUCUAACCACCAAUUUGAAUUUUCUGGGACUAAUGUUUCCAAAUUGUUACAACCAAGGCCUAUUGUCAAUCUUGCUAUUCCUUAAGAGGUACUCUUUAGUUUUUGAAGCACUAUAAAUUGCUCCAAACCUUGCUCUGCAGUCGAAUGACUUCCAGAUCAUAUCACAUUGUUGCUGAGUGAGCUGUACUGAGUUCUACCAAAUUCCCGUCUUAGCCAUCGUUUUAAUGCCGAAAAUGUAAUAAAGAAAAGUUCGUCACGCAUCGCUCAAUGCGCCUAUAUUAAUGACGAAGUUACCUUAAAGCUAUUAUAUCCGUGAAAUGAACGUAGACCCAAAUUCCAUGUAUUUGCCUCUCGCGCGCUUACUUUUCACGAUAUCCCCCAAAUGGAAAGCUUGCUCGCAGGCUAUAGAAUAUGUUAGCUAGUCAACUGAUCCAGGCAGCUCAAAUGAUCUGCUCUUGCGGCGCAAAAGGCGAUUGGCAUUAUUAGAAGGGCAUUCAGUUGCAAACUAUAAGCAGCAAAUUAAGAAAAUUUUAAUUUAUAGUCAACAAUAGAUGUUGCCUGAGUGUAUGUUGUGUACCUUAAUUCUAAGAAGAUUUCCAAAAACCACCAAACGUUGUUGGAGAUAAAGAAGAGAUCAAUGGACGCACAAGAGAAACGAAAAAUCCGGUCUACGAGAGAAACUUUAAAAGAAAGUGUAAGACUCAAAUACGUGGAUCAUUAUUUUUUUAAAAACUAAUUUCAGCACAUUUUGCUUACAGUUACCGGUUUGGCGGUAUCCUAUUUAACCUCGCCGCUCGGGACGUUUCGCAUGGACGAACGUCUGCGACUCAGCGACUGAAAUUCCAUACUGAUGACGCAAACCAAUGUUUACAUAAUAAAUCUGGUAGUCAUGGGGUUCCAAAUAUAAAUUUGUCCAGUUUUAUGUGUCUUCUGGUCGGUUUUGGUAAAGUGUUGUGUUCAUCCAGCUUAAUCUGCCAACGAGCUCCAGCAAAACUCAAAUACGGCUUCUAGAGAAGACUAUAUUCCACAAAUAUUGACUGUUUUGUGAGAGAUUCUUCGCGUUUACAUUUGACCUUUGUGGCCUUUGUCUUUUGUCUGUCAUUCGUAAACAAUAGCUAAAAUAAUGUAUCUACUCCGUCCACCAAUCUGCGCUUCUGACCGGAUUCCGGACAGAUUUUACGUCAUCAGUAUGGAAUUUCAGUCGCUGAGUCGCAGACGUUCCUCCUGGCGAAACGUCCCCAGCGGCGAAGAGCGAGGAGAAAUGGAUGUUUUCGCAGGCUAUAUCCUAUUCUGUUCCCUCAUUAUACCUGCUUUUUGAUUGUGCACGUUUAUGGCACUGGCGCCAUUGACAUGAUCAGGGAGUUUUAGCACAGGCGGGCCUCCGAACUGUUCGAGGCAUCAUGUGGCCUCAUACUGAGCAUUAACUGUAUUUCGUAACGCCCGCUCUCGGCUUGAUCCAAGUGAUCGAGCGAAACGCGUCAUAAAACUUUGCACCUUUUGAUCCCAAAUGUUGAUAUCAUGUAAGAAUUAAGAUACUAAAGACAACUUACCGUAUGUUGUAAGUAGUGUUCUGCGUUUUUGUGGGGUUUUCGGUCGCUUGAAGCUGGCACCCCCGACUAAUACAUACUAGAAGAAUCCAAGAAGUGGUCUAUUAUCAAUGCAGCGUUCUGAUUGGUUGAGCAACUACCAGGCUAUAUGUUAUAGCCCACUAGUAGCGAAAAGCGCCGGCUUUGAAAACCAAAACAAUGGCGGCUGAAUCGCGUUUUGCUACAACCUCGGACAAAAUCUGUUGAGACACGUUACAAAAAUACCUAUUUUUUUUUUACCCACCCUGACAAAAAUGCCUACCGUCGCAAAUUAAAAGACCGUUUCCCCCCUCCCCUUUUGCAAUGUUGUUUGCGAUAACACAAGAAAUGCACACUUGAGCUGUUAGGCCAAAACAACAUUGCACCAGGGGUGGGGAGGGAGGCGAAUUUGUUCCUUUUGGACACGAAAAUUGCAUGGCGCGAAAUUGAAAAUUGCAUUGAAGUGUCUCAACAGUUUUGUCCGGGGUUGUAGCUAAAGUUGUGUUGUCUCGAUAUUUUUGACUAACUUGUUGGAUUUUAUUAAAACAAUUAUUCGGCCUCAUGGGCUAUUGACUCAGAGGCCAUGAGGGAUCGAGGAAUAAUUGUUAAAUACACUACUAACGCAGAACACGGCUUAAAACAAACCGUAAGUUAGCUUUGUUCAUCUUUCUGACAUUUUAUCGACAUUUGGGAUCAAAAGGUGAAGCAUUUCACCCGAUCACUUGAAUCAAGCCAAGAGGGGCCGUUACGAACAGAGUAAAUGUAUAAUAUCUCAUGUCGCGCGUGACAUCACGAUAACUCGAACAGUUCGGAUUUUCGGCCUGUGGUUUUAGCAGGAUGUCAGUAAAACGCGGGGUCGGGUUUAUCUCUGUUAAAGAACGCUGUUUUAGGGUUAAGUUUAGGGUUACUGUCAACCCUAACCCCGGCUCCGGCCACGACCCCGACCCCACGUUUUACUGACAUAAUAAAACACUAACUUAAAAGUGCAAGUGCGGAUUUGAAGUCGCUACAAAACGUAAAUGCCUUGAAGAACGAUUUUGUUUGUAAGCACGUGGUUUGUGUACAGACUAUUCAUUGCCAUACGAGUAAGCUCAUGUCCUCUUAGAGGACUAUUUUAACUAUGAAAGCGAAAAAUGAGAACAAAAAGAACUGUUACCCAUACUCGUUCUCGUCGUCGAUGCUAAAAAUGACCAUUUUAUCAAUUUUGAUAGGAAUGUGUCGAUCCUCAACCUAACAGGAAAGUCCCAAUGAUUCAUUUCUAUGAACGCUGCCUCAAGAAUGCCAAAGAAACUGGGGACCAUUCUAAAGAAGCAAAUGUUUAUGGCUCUCUUGGCCACGCUUAUUACAAACUGGGAGAUUUUAAAACCGCCAUCAGCUACUAUGAACGAUUCCUAAAGCUAACUGGGGAUGUGGUCGACAUGUCGACAGUGUGUAACGUUUAUAGUGGUCUUGGUAAUGCGUACUUCAGUCUUGGACAUUCAAAAGAAGCAAUCGACACGUAUGAACGAUGCCUAACAGUUAUUGCAAAAGCAAAAAGCGAGUGUAGAGAGAUUAAGGGGAGCGUGUAUGGCAAUCUUGGCAUUUCUUAUCAUGAGCUUGGCUUUUUCAAAAAGGCUAUAUUUUGCUCUGAACGCUCUCUAGAAAUUGUCAGAGAAGUGGGAGACAUUUCGGCAGAGGCAAGGCUGCUGGGUAGUAUUGGCUGCUCAUAUCGCUGUCUGGGAGAUGUCCAAAAAGCUAUUGGUUACCAUGAACGUUGUCUUACACUUGCAACCGAAGUGAAAGACAAAAUUCGAGAAGCAAACGCGUAUGGUGACCUUGGCAACGCUUAUUACUGUCUCGGAAAUUUCAAAAAGGCGGUGUUCUACCACGAGGGCCUCCUUAGAAUCUCUAAGGAAAGAGGAGACAGACAUGGAGAAGGUCGUGCGUAUAGUAGUCUUGGCAACGAUUAUUCCAGACUUGGAAAUUUUCAUAAAGCCGUAGACUACCAUGAAAGGCAUCUAAAACUUUCAUUGUUACAUAAAGACAGGCCUGAUGAAGGAGUCGCUUAUAGCAAUAUUGGAGGCACUUAUCACUGUCUGGGAGAGUUCAAAAAGGCCAUAGACUACCAAAACCGCGCUCUGGAAAUUGCAAAAGAAUUGGAUAACAAGCUGAGAGAAGGUAAGGCGUAUAGCAACCUUGGCAGCGCUUUUUUUAGACUUGGAGAUUAUAAAAAAGCUAUAGACUGUCACCAAAAGCGUCUAAAAAUUGCCAAGGAACUGGGCGACAUGUCUGGAGAAGGAAUUGCUUAUGGUAGUAUUGGCAACGCUUACUUACAACUUGGCAAUUACCUCAGUGCCAGAACCUAUUAUGACCUCCGUUUGAAAAUUGCUCAAGCUGUGACAGAUAGAGCUGCAGAAGGGCGCGCUUAUGGUCACCUUGGGCAUGUUUGUUGUGAACUCAAAGAUUACACCAAAGCGAUAGAUUACUAUGGACUUCAUCUUAAAAUCGCCCAAGAAGUUAAAGAAAGGGCUGUAGAAGGAAAAGCAUAUGGUAGUCUUGCUAAGGCUUAUCUUUGUUCUGGAAAUAAACUUGAAGGCAAGCAUUAUGCGGAACUGCAUCUUAAAAUCGCCAAAGAAGUGGAAGAUAAGGUUGAGAUAGGAAACGCGUAUUUCACCCUCGGUUCCAUUUUUGAAUCGACAGAUUCCCUACACGAGGCUCUCGAAUAUUUUCGGGCCAGCUUAAAGGCGUUUUAUGAUGUUAGGGAUCGUCUUGAAUCAGAAGAUGAAUGGAAAAUCAGCCUACGAGAACUGUACCAUGACAUAUUCACUUCUUUGAGUAGGAUUUUGUUGAAACUGGACAGGCCUGUAGAGGCUCUUUGUGCUGCUGAGGAGGGACGAGCGCAAGCUUUAAAAGAUCUUUUGAAAUCCCAUUAUGGAAUUCAAACAACUGACGCGAAUCAAAGUGCGGAGAAAGAGACACCUGAUGAAACACUUUGUGGCAUUCCGUGCAACACAAUUUUUCUUGCUUUCCAAGUAGGCGUUAUAAAUACAUGGGUUAUUCAAAAUGACAAUAAUGUACACAAAAGAGCAAAAAAAAUCGGAGAUUUUAACGCACUGGGCGACUUUCUCACUUCCGUCAAGAGAUUAGUUGACAGUACGUUUGAUGCCAUUGGUGUAAGAGGUACUAUAAAAUGCGAAGAUCGCUCGCUGGAAAAACUGCACAGUCGCAGUAAGGCUCUGGACCAGGAGCCCCCGUGUGAUAAAACAUCGUUGCGGUCACAGGAACAGCAGUUAAGGAGAUUAUAUGAUCUCAUAAUCGACCCGAUAGCAGACCUGAUUCAUGGUGAUGAGAUAAUCAUUGUCCCUGAGGGUCCAUUGUGGUUGGCUCCCUUUGCUGCAUUCAUGGACGCAAAUUCAAGUUUUCUGUUUGAAUCGUUUAGAAUAAGGGUUACCCCGUCGUUGACAGUCUUGAAAAUGAUCAGCGAUCGUCCGACAGAUCACGUCAAGCCUUCUGCGUUGCUUGUGGGAGAUCCUUGGGUGCAGGAAGUUGUUCCUGCCAGUGGGAUAAAGCUGGAGGAGUUGCCAAGCGCCAAAGACGAGGUAGAUAUGAUUGGCAAAAUUCUCGAUUUUAUACCCCUAACUGGUAAAGACGCUUCGAAGAAUGAAGUGUUGAAACGGCUCUCAACGGUUCAGCUAGUACACAUCGCGGCGCAUGGUCGAAUGGAAACUGGAGAGAUUGCCCUGUCUCCGAACCCUUCACGAGAAUCCAAGAUCCCUAAAGAUGAAGAUUAUUUGUUAACGAUGAAAGAUGUGCUAGACGCAAAGCUGCAAGCGAAGUUGGUUGUGCUUAGUUGCUGUCACAGUGGUCGCGGGGAGAUCAAGGCUGAAGGUGUGGUUGGUAUCGCGCGUGCAUUUAUAGGCGCCGGUGCUCGUUCUGUUCUUGUGACACUGUGGAACAUUGAUGACGAAGCUACGCUGGAGUUCAUGAAACACUUUUAUCAACAUCUGGUGAAGGGUAAAAGUGCCAGUGAAUCUCUGAACCGAGCCAUGAGAUGCAUGAGGGAAUCUGAAGACUUCAGUGAAGUAAAAUACUGGGCUCCAUUUGUACUCAUUGGAGAUGAUGUAACUCUGCAAUUCUGUGGAAGUAGCUAGAUGUCCUACGUAGUAAGUACCAGGUAGGUGAAAUACGAAAACAGUCUCAGUGCUUUUAAAAUGAAAAGCACUUAUUAACGUCAGUUUGUAAGGGUAAAAAAAAUAAAGAAGAGGAACAGAGAAAGAAAGACGCAACUGAAGAAGGGAAGAUAUAGUUUAACUAACCACACGCCUUUUAUUUUAAAAUAAACUUUGCUCUAUCGAAAAUUGUCAAAAACAAGCAGAUAAAAUUGAUCAAUUAAUUGAUCGAUACACUUUUAUUUGAA